AUGACCUUAAUCAACGAACGAGAAUACGCAUACGGCGGCCACGACCGCAAAGGCGUCAGCGGAGUCUACUGGACAAAACCCAAACUCGAACCUCCAGGCGGCACCUUUCGCUGCGAGAUCAUCCACGGCUUCAGCGUGCUUACUCCACAAGAAAUCACCGACAUAAUCAACGACGCCUCGAGGGUCUUUCAGGGCACGCGAUACAAUCUGCUCAGUAAUAAUUGCAACCACUUUUCUUCGUAUCUGUGUGAGAGAUUGACUGGCAGACCUGGUCCUGCGUGGCUGAACAGAGCUGCUAGCGUUGGUCUUGCGCUGCCAUGCGUGGUCCCUAAAGAAUGGAUCACUCCGCCAGACCACGAGACUGCAGAUGGAGAGUUGAUUAACGAGGAAGAGGAAGAUCAUGAUGACGACGAGACAGCAGCCAUGCUACCCCGUGACAAACGAACGAAACGCGACAAAGUUAGCAACAAGCGCAUUACUUCUAGAGACAAGACUCCUCCACCACGACUUGUUUCUGUCAAGGACACCAGUGGUAGAGAGAUGCCUGCCAGUGAAAGAGCACCGAUGCCUAAGAGAUGA